AUGAGUACACAGAACGCCGACCGGCCACUUGGCUCAGGCGACCCCAACGACACUGACGACGACGACGUUGACGUUGACGCUCGUAGCAGUGACAACACGCACGAGAGCUCCGAGAGCGUAAGCGAAUACGUGGUCAGCAGUGAAGACAGUGCGAGUGAGAGCGGCGCCGAGACCUCUGCGCGCUCGAGUCGCCCGCUCGGGUCCGUUUCAACAACUACUUCAGACGAGGUCGCUCGAGUCUCUCCUAUCAGUGCGAUUGAUACUACCACUACUACUACUACUUCACGCAGUACUGAUGACGCUGUCUCGCAGCUUUCAGCUCCACCCAGCACUACAGUUGAAGACGACGACGAUGACGACGUGCAGAUACUGACGGCCACGGAGGCCGCAGUGGCAUUGGAAGCUGCUGCUCGACGAGCUGGAGACGGCCCGACAGCGUCUCGGAAGCGCAAUCGUUCGUGUAUCGAGAUCAGACCCGAGGCUACCGAGUGCACAAUUUGCUGCGAAGGCUGUACCAUUGUCGGUCGCCAUCGGCUCGUGGCGCUCAAGUGUGGCCAUGUGUUUGGCAAGCGAUGCAUCGAGCGCUGGAUCAAGGCGAGGCACACGUGUCCGAACUGCAGUGCAGUCGUGCAGUGCACGGACAUUUGUCUCUUGUUUUCGAAUCACGUGGCAGUGGUCGACAAUGCGGGGCUGGACGACAUGACGAAAAAGUACCAAGAAGAGAAGCAAAAGAGCAGGAAGCUCGAGAGCGACAUGGUGGCUGUGAAGGCGCAAUUGUACAAUAGCAUGACUGAAACGAAGUGGCUACAGUCGAUGCUGGAUGGAUACAAACGAGACGCUGCAGGUGUGCGGUGCUCUUGUACGGCGGAACAAAACAAGGUUGGUCACACAGCUAGCGCUGCGACGAACGCCAGUGGAUGUCUGAGUGCUCCUGUUCCUUUGACAGCAUCGGACCACGUUGUGUCGUCGCAAAGCACAAUCGACGCGCCUGCAACGUGUGCUCUGAGCAACUUGCGGCAGCCGGUAGUGUCCUCUCUCUCACAGCCCGCAGCAGAAGAUACAUUUGCUGAUGCAGUGCAAAAGUACAAACCGAUAUUCGAUGUGCGGUUGUCAAGUGCGCGUGUGUUCAGCAUCGCCCGGUCGUGCUCGUUUCUGUAUGUCGGUGAAGAAGUCGGCAAUGGUUCGUACGGUGUGAUGAAGAUCGUCGGACAAGACCCGAGGUGCAGGGUACAAGUGCCCGUACACAGCUCUUCCGUUCGCGAUAUUUGUAUCCAUCCGACAACUGGUAGUGCUAUCACGGUAGCGUUCGAUGGCAAGCUAGCUGUGACCAGUCUGGAGCAAAAGAAAGUGGUGUUUGAGGUAGCGUUUCCCGCCGACCGACGGCUGGGUUGGUCGUGCAGCUCCAGUGAACGAGAUCCCAAUUCCAUCUACUGUGGAUUCCAAAAUGGCACUGUAGCCAAGUACGACAUGCGGAAGCCGGUAGCAGGCGAGCAAGGCAUUGUACAGACAUUCUUGCUUCCAGAGCGGCAACCCGUGCACUCCAUCAAGCUGUUCGAAAGCGAUUACGAAGGACGUCCGACUGAAUGUCUAGCAGCGGCUACGUUUCGUGGUGUGUCCGUCUGGAAAGACGUUGCAAAUACCACCGUGACUGGAGCUGGCCAAACGACCGACAAUGGUCCUGUUGCAGCCACAACCACUUGUCACAUGCCGAGAGACCACGCGUGCUGUUCGCUUGCAUCGAACCAGCUUCGUUCGACCCAAAUGGUGGUUUCGUCGCGCUCUACGUCGACAAUGCACAGCGUGUUCGACUUCAGUUCCGUCCAGAGCGGGCAGCUUGCGCCGAGAACAGAGUUUGCUGGUCAUAAUUCAGUCGCCGUGUUGUCUCGAUCGGCAAUCUGGUCGGAAUGGAAUGGCUCGUCAGUGGCGGCUUCGUGGUCGCGUGAUAUCGAGCGCAUUUCGCUGUGGGACGUUGCUGCUCGUCGUGAGAUCUACGGUCCAGAGUCGACGCCUGUGAGUGCGGCCGAUGCGGCGCUCCCAGUCGUGGACAUUCAGCACGCCGUGGCUAGCAACACCUGGAGCUCUGGUCUUGCUCUGUUAGGGACAAUGACUUGUCGGCGGUUGUGCGUGUAUCGCUCCGGCGGGUGA